CGAGCCUCUGCCGUCUCUCACGGCCACACGCCGACGAGCAUUCGUCGUCGCACCGUCGCGAAGAAGCCACCUGGAAACAGCAGGCUCCUUGGCCGCGAGCGCGCCGCCGUCGAGCGCUCCAGGGGCAGCCUAGAGGCCAGCCCCACACCUGGACAGGACACGCCGGCGCCGCGCGCAGCCGACGAAACGCGACGAUGACCAAAGGACGACGGCGGCUCCAUGUAGUCUUACUCAUCACCAGUGCAAUAGCCUGCCCCGUCGGCCUCGACAACGGAGAAGUGUGCUCGGGCCACGGCGCGUGUGCCGAGCACGUCUCAAAAGGUAUUGAUGAAACGUGUGUUUGUGACUACGGCUUCUCGGGGCCGGACUGUUCGUUAAGGCUGUGUCCGGCAGCUAGAGCGUGGUCCGACUACGCCUCGGCCAAUAACACCGCGCACGCGAAACAUGUGGAGUGCGCGAACAUGGGCGACUGCGACCGGGACACGGGGCUCUGCGAAUGCCGGGACGGGUUUUCGGGCGACGCUUGUCAAAGAAUGAGAUGUCCGACCGGUACGUUGACCGGAAGUCCACCUAGGGAGUGCUAUGGCUAUGGAAGGUGUAUCAGUAUGCGAGAUGCCGCUCGGGAGGACAUGGACUGGGUCAGUAUACAUAGAAAAAGUACUACUUAUGACGAGUGGGACGCGGACAUGUUAUAUGGCUGCGUCUGCGAUGCGGGGUUUCAGGGCUGGGACUGCUCGCAGCGCAUCUGUCCGAAGGGCGACGACCCCCUGACUCCUGGUGAAGAUGAGGUCCAGCUCGUGGAGUGCACUUGCCUCGAGGCGGGCGGGUGUUCCAAUAAUACACUGUCGUUGACCUUCAAGGGCCAGCGAACAGAUCCCAUACCAGCCGAUGCCACGGCCGAUUUGUUGGAGUAUUUCCUCGAGAAAUUAUCCUCCAUUACGGAUGUCGAUGUGCACUACGACGGAGGCGGCGAGCUCGGCUCGUUAUGUUCGGCCGGCGGUACUACCGCUCGCAUAGCCUUCUUGAGAGAUUAUGGGGACGUGCCCUCGUUAAACUACACGACGAAGGCUUUGAGACCCGGCGAAGCGGGAAUUCCUAUCAGUAUGAACAUCAAGAAGAACGGCCAGUGUUCUUCACUACAUUCCACCACUUGUUCGGUAAGAGGCACGAAGGAGUACGCCGAAUGCUCGAACCGAGGCAUCUGCGACUCGAGGAGUGGACGAUGCACGUGCUACACCGGAUUUUCGAGUUCCGACGGCCGGGGCGGUUCUGGAUCAUAUGGGGACUGCGGGCAUUUACUGCCCAAUACGACCAUAGAAUGGCGCGAAGAUACGCAGCCAAAAGAUUACAACAAGCCCUGGUACCGCGACAUGAGCAAUCCUGUGGAUGGACCUUGUCCUAGGGUGGUCCCGGCGUGGAAUCCGAACUUGGGUCCGACGAUCUGUUCGGGCGUUGGCAUAUGUGACGCCGAUAAAAAGUGCAACUGCACGGAGGGCUACGAGGGCAACGCCUGCGAGUACAAGAUCUGCCCGUCCGGACGGGCCUGGUGGGACGAGGCCGUCGGUCCCAAUGAUGCUCACCAUGAAGUACCUUGUAGCCAUAGGGGUUUCUGCAACCGCGCGUCCGGGUAUUGCGAGUGCGACCGGGAGUUCGGGCUCGUUGGUGGUCCUUCCUCCUCGACCGAAGCCUGCAACGUCCUGAACUGCGACGAGAACAAGACCAUGUGCGGCCCUGUGUGGAAAUCAACCAGUGAGUUAGGUGGCCUUCGUGAGCCUCCACGCCAUCGAGCAGACGCAGCUACGGAGACACCAUCGCGUCGAUGGCGUGCGGCGCCUGAAAUUUGAUUUCCACACAGGUGCGGCCAGACCGGGUACUGCGCCACCAUGGCGGAACUAGCGGUCAAUGGUAUCCACUACAACGAAGACGGCACUCUGCAAAAAGUUAAUUAUUCGGACAUGUGGGACUCGCACAUGAUCCGGGGCUGCGCGUCGCCGCGUCCGUGUUGCCUUCCCGAGCUACCAUCGUACGCACCGGCCGUCGACGCGUCGCCUGGUCGCCAACGCGCGGCUCAGCACCCACGCCGUCGCCGCGCCGCCGCGACGUCGUCGCGCGGCAUUUCAGAGAGUCUACGUGCCUCGCGAGAGCCCCGGAUCGCCUCGAGACGGCUCAAAACCGAAAGAGAAACCACCCACGACCAUCGUCUGAUGGACACGAGUCGCGUCGACGGCGUGAGGGCGCCGCAGUCACGCCUCGCUCCCAUCGCAGGCCACUGCCUCAAGCCCGAGGGCGUCUACCAUACGUCUGGGUUUGUUCAUGCGAGAAAUAGGCAUUUACCGCGAGGCGGUAGUCGCAUGGCUCGGCCGCCCUGGGCCUUUGCCUUGACGGAGUGGACGGGGCGGACCUGUUCCCAAGCCUUCUGCCCGCGGGGCGACAACCCUUUUACCUUCGGGCAGAACGAGAUCCAACAAAUUAAUUGUUCGGCACCUACUCAAGAUCAUUUCAACUUAACUUUUGGAUUGUCGAAUGUUUCGGUACGAAUACCCUGGCACGCGACCGCCAAAGAACUUGAAUUGAGGCUGGAAACGUUACCUACUCUCCGAGACGUGAAUGUGUGGUACGCCAAUUCGACCACACCUGGAGGGUUCAUCGACCUCAAGAACUACGAGAACGAAAGCGUCUGUGGUCGAGAUCAGUUGGCCUACGUCGAGUUCAUAUCGGAUCGAGGGGAUGUUCCAAUGCUAGUCGCGACGACGUCGCCCUACUCGCUGAUAACGUUAAACAUCUCGGAAUGGAGGAAAGGAACGAAGGAGAACGUCGAGUGCUCCGGGAACGGCCUCUGCAACAGGGAUGUGGGCGUCUGCAAUUGUCUGGACGGCUUCGCAAGUAGUUCUGAUGUGAAGAAGGAAAAGUUCGGAGAAUAUGGAGAACGCGGCGACUGCGCCUUCCGCCACGGCGGCACGAAGGACGAGAAGUGGUUCACGUCUCCGGACACGGACCCGGGCUACGAGUACCUGUUCGAGGUGUCGACGGACGGCACGGAGAAGUGGCAGCGGGACAUGCCGGGGGGGAGCGCGUAAGGCUAUGCUGUAUCUAGCUUCUGUUGCGGUGCGAGGGCUUGUGGGCGGUCCCUGCGGUUGCGUAGGUCCAGAUAGAUAAUUGUUA